UUUAUGAAAUCAAUGACUGCAACGCAAUCGAGACAUCAAUUUAUUAUCACUGAUUUGGAUCAAUCGGACACUCAAGAAAUGGGGGCAGCAGCAACAGCAACAACAUCGGCGGGCCUUGGCAAUGAAAAACAAUGCAAAACGCAUAAAAGACGCAUAAAGGACAAAACGUUACACACGUUGUCGGGCAACUUUAGUCGAAGGUCGCAAAGUGUUGAAUGUUGUGUUCAAGAACGUUUGGCAGGCAAGCCGCCACAAAGGACCUCAAAAGUGACGAAUUAUUUCAAUGAGCUGCUGCAAUCGAAGGAUCAACAAAUGGAAAAACUAUUAGAACGUUUAGCUAUUUUGCAUAAAUUCAAUGAACAGUUCGCCGAUGAAAAUCAACGUCUCCUAAAUGAAGCCAAAUUAUUGCAACAGCAGAUUGCUUCGUUGCAACGACAAAUCGCCGAAUGUGAACGUUGCCGUAGUCUAGAGAAUGAUUUAUUAAAAAAGGCUGAGGACAAUAAACAAUUAACUGCCGAUGUCGAGAUGAUGAAAACUUUAACAUUUCGUUUAAAUGUACAAAUCGAAUACUAUCAGGAUAUGAUCAGGCGGAAAAAGCUUAACGAAGAAGGUGCAAAGUCUUCCAAUGUUUCCCCCCAUCAAGCCAAAUCGAACGUACCGGAGUGGCCGGAAGGUCAAGUUCGUGGACAUACCUUAGAUCCUUUAUUAAAAGCAUACGAUGAGAUGUUGCGCGAUAAAGAAGAAUUAAUCAAACAAUACUCGGAGGAAUUCGAACAAUUUGCAGGAGAUUUUAAGCGAAUAUUGGAAGAAAACGACCGACUGCAACAGCAAACCGAAACACUUCGACGGGAUGGAGGCAAUUGGCGCGAGGAGAAGACAUGUUUACAGGCUCAGUUGGAUGUGUGCCGGCAAAAGGCUGAGGUGCAAACUAAAAAAACCGAAUUGACAAAAGAGAAGCUAGUCGAGGUUAUGCAUACCUAUGAGCAAAAAAUCCAAACAUUGCUCUUGGAUAUGCAACACAUGCAAUCGGCGUAUACGCGUUGUAAGGGCGAACUGGCCGCAUUGAAAAGUGCCGCUGCUAUCCCGCAAGAUACCAUAGCUAACUCUUUAAAAGAAUGCAAGGAGCUAUUGGAACAAUUAAGGAAUCAACACAGCAAGGAGAAGAUGACACUGGAACAGACAAUAGUCGAAUUAAAUGAACAUGCCACGGAAACUGUUCGAAAAUUGGAACAAUUGAAAUCGGAAAAUGCGACACUUACGAGCAAAUUCAGCGACUUAGAGGCGCAAGCGGAAGAGCAAAAGAAACGUUGUACGCAAUUGCAGAAGGAAAGCGAGAAAUUGAAGCGUUCGCGUGACAGCCUUAAGGCUCGAUUACGAAUUGCCCUGCAGUGGACUCAUAAACUUGAAGCAGGUCAGACAAAUCUCCAGCAUACUUGGGAUGCCUUAAAGCGCCUUGAAACUAUGGUCAGGCAUAAGGAAUCUCAAGUGCGGGGUCUGCAUACCAGGCAUUUAGAGGAAAUCGAUAAAAUGGAAAAGAAAUUGGCUCAAAGGGAAGAAACCAUACGUAACAUAUUACGUGACCGGCUUACUAUUAAAACAAAAUCGUAA